UAUACGUAUAACAUUCUCGUUGACUAGAAUUCACAUCAACAUGGUAAAUAUACCAGAACAAUUGCUAAGAAAAGGAAAACAUAACAAAUAAUGCCAUCACACUCGUACCCAAAUCUUUUGGAUAAUGAAAAAGUGUUCUUAUGUGUGUGUAUGCCUUUGUCGACAGUAUGUCGUUUGAUAGCGGGCCGGUAACACGUUUUUAAGCAAAAGAAAGUAUUGCAUGUAAAAAUUUCUAUAACCUGGUUGUACCACAACGGUUGAAUGUCUCACAUUAUGCUAGCCUAAAACGAUACUUAAGAUAUAUUUUUUGUUUAUAGUUAAUAAAGAAAAAGGAAUCACUCGAAAGUACAAACAAAGAAAACGCUGUGAAACGCUAAAAAAAUCCUUCACUUUUGGUUUUUAAGGUGUGGCAAUGCUGAUUUUCCUCGUAAAUAUAAACACUCUAAGCUUUUCAGCCAUAAAUUUGAAUUCAACCAGGACAUCACCAAAUUGCACUUAUUUAAAAAGGAAUUUAUAAAUUUAAUUAAAGAAAUAUGUCCUCAGUAUCGCAAAACUUAAUACCUGUGGAAAAAAAGGAGCAGAUUUCUUUAUCCCAAAAGUUAACAAUUCAUGAACAGCAUCAUCAACUGUAUGCUUUGAAAUGGAGUGAAUUUCAAUCAUCUAUAGUUAACUGUUUUCAACGAUUGCGAGAUGAAGAAGACUUUGUGGAUGUAACUAUAUCUUGUGACCAGCGAUCAUUUGCUGCUCAUAGAGUUGUGCUCAGUGCCUGCAGUCCUUAUUUUCGUAAAUUGUUGAAAUCAAAUCCCUGCAAACACCCCAUUAUAAUAUUACGAGAUGUGUACUCAGAACACAUGGAAUGUCUUCUAAGUUUCAUGUACAAUGGAGAAGUAAACAUAAGGCAAGAUCAAUUACAAGAUUUCUUAAAAACUGCACAAAUGCUUCAGAUACGUGGCUUGACAGAUGUUUCUGAUAACUACUGCCCUCCAGAAUUUAAAUUAUCGGAAAAACAGCCACUGGAUAAUUCCAUCGUCAGUAGCAAAGCAUACAAAAAGGAUUCUGAGAAAGAUGACUGUAAUACAGAAUAUAUAGAAAAGUCUAGUAAUUCUUCAAAAUACAAACUGUUUUCUGAUCGUCCAAUUACAUCCGCAUUGAUGACCAGCUUUAAUAACAACUCUAUUAUCCCAUCUCUUAUAAAGGAAACACAAUCAGCAGCAUCUUCUCUCCAAAGGGAAACGACCGAUCCAUAUCGUAAUCGAAAAACCCUUCUAACACCACCACCCCAAAAACGUAUUAAAAGUGCGGACCUAUUUCGUGCGCAACAUGGCAUUAAUUCCGAACGAGCUCUUUCAGAAGCAGAAUUUCCAGCGAUUUUACAGCAUCAAAUAUCUCGAGAACGAAGGCAUUUGUUUAAUGAUUGCGACAGAGCUAUAGAAGCCAAUGAAACUACUAUAGGAUCAUCAAUAGAAGAAAAAACAGCUUUAAAUUUUCAGCGCACAGAUAUACAAUCCACACAGGAAGAAAGUGCCGAUGACGACUCCAAGUGUAGCAGCGAGUACCCUCUUGAUCGUGUAGGUACACAACAGGAAACGAACGACUCAGUGGAUAAUCUACGACCUACCAUGACGAACACGUUUUCAGGAAUUCCAAAAUCUUUGGAACAACAAGGUCUUUUAAAUAAGAAUGAAUUUGAACAUCCCGGUGAAAUAUCCAGCAACUUAGGAGAAAAGGGUUUCUCUACAUUUUUAUGCAACCGCUUUUGGAAUACAAAAUUUGAGGAUAAUAAGGAAAUCGGAUAUAAGAAUAGAUUUGAUAUGAGUAAAAAAUUGCCUAUAGAUAAUUUUGUAGCAAAAUCUGCAGCUUUGUCGCUAAUGGUGAAAACUGCAUGUAUAAAUAAACAACCCACAUAUUUUCAAGAGAUGGUUAGUAAACAUGAUAUGCGAUCAAAUAACACACGAAUUCAACAACAAAAACAACAGGAGUUUGAAAUUCUACAACAGUUUGAAAUACAGCAGCCCUUAUAUGACUAUCUAUACGAGCUUCAGAAAUCAACGGUUAAUCAACAAAAAACUUUUGAUACUCACUUCAUGGAAAGAACUCCUCAUAUUAGUGAAAAUUCAAGUUUACGGGACGUAACGGUGACUGCACAUACAAGUAGCGCUCACAUAUUGCCCUGUCCUCUCUGCGCAAUUCCGCUAGAGCAAAGAUAUUUUCGCCAACAUUUAGAUGGACACUAUCCACGAGAUAGUUCAAUUUGUCCGGUAAUCGAAUGCGGUCGCCGGUUUGCCCAUCCAAAUUCCGUUAGGAAUCAUAUGCGUAUUAAGCACACCCAUCAGUGGGCUAAAAUGAAAGUAAUGCGCUCUUCUGCUGGACAUAUGCCUAGUGAACUGGAUCUAAAUAAGAAAAGCUCCCAGCGUUCAGUGGAAAUGAGAGUAAGAGCCACAGAUCCACGACCAUGUCCAAAAUGUGGAAAAAUUUAUAGGUCGGCACAUACGCUGCGUACUCAUCUUGAGGAUAAGCAUACCGUUUGUCCAGGAUAUAGAUGCGUUUUAUGUGGUACUGUUGCGAAAUCUCGUAAUUCGUUGCAUUCACAUAUGUCACGUCAACACCGUGGUAUAUCUACGAAAGAUCUUCCUGUGCUACCAAUGCCUUGUGCUUUUGACCCUGUAUUGGCUUCGCGUUUAUUAACUAAGGCAGGGGUAAAAAUUUCACCGGAUGACUUACGUGACCAUGGAUCGCCUGCAAAUACGACUAGUAUAAGAGGUAUAGACUACAGCUAUAAUACACAACAAAAUACAGAAACUUAUGAAACAAAUAUCGAAUCUGAUGAUGAUCCGGAAGAUUUAACUGCAUGUCGAUUGAAUUUAAAUAGCUCUUCUGCGGAAUAUAACAGCAAACAAGAAAAUGUUUUGGAUAUUGGACAUAAGAAUAGGUCAAUUUCACACAUUAGAAAUGAUGCAGCUAUUGCUGCCGCGGCUGCUGCAUUAAGCGCGCAAAAAGAAUUACCCAGCGGACAGUCAACAGCAAACCAAAAUCUUCUUGAUCUUCACCUUUUGCAAUUUUUAACAGAAAAUACUUUUGGCAUGGGAAUAUCACAGGAACAUACAACAGCAGCUACUUUACAUGCAGCAAAAAUUGUGCAGUUAAAUGCUCUCGGACAUAAAUUCGACAGUUUGUCACCCGCAUUGACGCAAUCCCAUUGUGAUCUAUUGAAAGAGUCCAUUGCAAAUGACUCAUUUGACAACAAAAGAUGUGCAACAGCAAUUUUUUCUACCGAACCUAUUUUAAGGCAACAUCUUGCAAGUGAUACUUCUCUUAGCGAUAACGUCCCAACGUUUUCAAGCUUAGUUGGAAAGGAACCUCAUUCUUCCGAUUUCGAAAAAAAUCUAAACGAAAACCAACCAACGGAAGAUGCUCAUAACUUAAAAGAAAAGAAAUAUCAUGAUGCGGAUAAUGAUGAACACAAAGCGAGAAACAAUUUUAAUGAAAAGGAAUUAGUAUAACAAAACAAAACGAAAAAAACAACUAAUAUAAAGACGUACAAAAAGUGCAUUAUAGCCUUAAAGAUGUAUAUCUUUAAAUAAAAUGCAUAUUUCAUCGCAUUCUUUUAUUAUUGAGUUAAAUUAUUAUAUACAAGUAUAUCUACAUUAUGUUUAGCUACCUUUUAAUGUCAAACAUGACAAAUAAAUUAAGGGUGAAAUAGAAUUAUUUCUUUCCGAGUA